AUGAAGAUUUUUGUGGCAGCAUUUGUCAUUGCUCUCAUUUUACUUCCGACUGCUAUAUCCGCAAGGCAUAUAGGCAGGCCACGAACACACCAUGGGCACCACCAUUCAACACAGCCUCGAAUUAAAGAUGGAAGUAUAGACAAACCCAGUUUCUACAGGGAAAGGUGGCCAACAAAGAGAAGGGGUGCUGAUACUGUCCAAAUUGCAGGAUCAAGCUUGCCUGAUUGUUCUCAUGCAUGUGGGUCAUGCUCACCAUGUAGACUAGUAAUGGUCAGCUUUAUCUGUGCUUCACUUGAAGAAGCUGAGACUUGUCCUAUGGCUUACAAGUGCAUGUGUCAUAACAAGUCUUACCCUGUCCCAUGA